AUGAUGCCUCCCACUCACAUCAUCGAUCGCGACGGUAAAGUCAUGAUCAUUCUACGCAAUCCCAAUCUUCCAUUUGCAGAAAUGAUCGAAGAAGGAAAAUCCACAGGAAGCAAUAUUGAGCAACAGACAUCCGUCAAACAGCGGAAGCUGACGGUGGAAAAGAAAGAAAACGAUGUCACUCCUAAAUUGUCUCCUCGCCAAAAACAUGAGCCUGCUCCUGACCAAGCUCCAGCCAACGAAUCUCCUCCCAAUGAUGACUCUGCCGAUGACUCUUCUGAAAAAUCAACCGAAGAGUCAAUGGAUGAGGAGUGCUUUCGUAUCCAGGCCUCUGCAGAACAUCUGAUUUCUGCUUCCCCCUUUUUCAAAAACAUGCUGUCCGGUGGAUGGGAAGAAAGUACUCACUAUCUGCAAAAAGGCUCCGUUGAGAUCGUCGCAGAAGGCUGGGAUAUGGAGGCACUCCUGAUCCUACUCCAUGUGGUCCAUGGCCACUUCGACCAAGUUCCGCAAGAGCUAACCCUUGAGAUGCUUGCCAAAAUUGCUGUCAUUGCCGAUUAUUAUAUGUGCAAGGAGUGUUUGGGUGCUGAGAAAACCAGAUGGAUGGAUGAUCUGAAGACAAGAAUUGUGCGUCAAUCUCGGCGGGACUUGGCUUUGUGGAUUUGGAUUGCCUGGUUCUUCAAAUCACCUGAGCUGUUCAAAAGAUUUACUUCCCAUGCGAUGUCAAUGUACAAAGAUACAUUUACCAGCCUCGGUCUUCCGAUUCCGGACAGGGUCAUCGGUAACAAGUCCUCAUUUCUCUCGGGUGCUUUUUACACUAACCAGAGGACAGUUGCAAUAAACAAAGGCAGAGAAGAUGCCCUCGAUCAUUCAAUUACACGCCUUAAUCAGGCACGUCUUGCGUUUUUGAACGGCACCGAAGGCUGUGAUCUGGAGCGCCACUCGAGCAUGUACGAGUAUCUGACCUCGCAGAUGCAGCACUACAAGCUAAUCUCACCCAUACCUGUGGCUCCUUUCAGCAGAAUGUCUUACUACGGGACUAUGAUGAAGAUCAAGUCACUCAUUACACCACGACGGGGUCCUUUCGGACAUGAUCCACAAUACGGGAGUUUCCACCGUUGCCCCCAAUCAUUAUCGGUAACCAAAAUUUCGGUGCUCAAGUCAUUUCUUAAAGGCCUGGAGCUAAAAGAUUACACUUUUGAUGGCACGAGGAGCAUGUAG